GCGGGUGAUGCUGAGGUCUCCCCGGGGCAGUACAGGGUGUCCGCUAGCCGGACAGGAGUCUUAGAAGACGAGAAGCACAGGCUCAGGAGGACUGCCCGCUUAUUUCGAAGAGGGAAACUAGCUGCUAUGUUGGUCUGAAGAAACUACGCGCUGACAAGUCUGUAAUACCGGACACAGAGCCACACUGAAACAUUUCAUUCAUUCAUUCAUUCUACAGCAGAGAAAGAUGGAAGCUGAAUGUCUCGCACUGAAAGACCUCACAAGUCCAAGAAAAAGUUUCAUGGUGGGGUCGGAGGAAAGUGGGGGCCAAAGUGAACAAAAGGAGAACAUUUGCACAGAGAGGAGAAGAUCCACACCACUGAAAUCUGCAGAGUCUAGCGCCCCUCCUUUGCUGAUAAACAGAAAAAGUGCCACCCCGGACCUGGCCCACAUCACCCCCAUCAAACACACGGUCCUGGCCGAGCCCUGGACACCCACGGCCAAUCUAAAGAUGCUGAUCAGCGCAGCGAGUCCAGAUAUUAGAGACAGGGAGAUGAAAAAGGUGCUGUUUAGACCCAUAGAGAACGAGCACCCAGCAAGUCCAGAUACUGUGACAGAGGAUAUGGAGGUGGAAGAUUCUUGUCAGUUUGAAGCUGUGGAUGAAGAAGAUGAGGCAGAGAAAAAGCCGAGCAGGAAGCAGAAGAGUCUGGGUCUGCUGUGCCAAAAGUUCCUGGCCUUGUAUCCUGACUACCCACCGCCACACAGCCCCAUCUGGAUCUCAUUGGACGAGGUGGCAACCAGUCUGGGAGUGGAGCGGCGGCGUAUCUAUGACAUUGUCAACGUACUGGAGUCUCUGAUGAUUGUUGGCCGUAUAGCCAAAAACAGCUACACCUGGUAUGGUCGUCAGCGGCUGGAGGCCACGCUGGAGGAGCUGCAACGGAGGGGCCGGCAGCAGGGCUACCACCUCCAGAUGGAGCUGGCUGCUGAGGCCAGAGAGGCCGGACCAGGGCGCGAGGACGACGGAGGGGAAGGGGACGCUGGCAACGUCGGCGGUAACAGGAAAGACAAAUCUCUGCGCAUCAUGAGCCAGAAGUUUGUCAUGCUGUUCCUGGUGUCCAAAACUCAGACUGUAACUCUGGACGCAGCAGCCAAAAUCCUCAUUGAGGAGAGUCAGGACUCAUCAAGCCACAGCAAGUACAAAACUAAGGUGCGGCGACUGUACGAUAUUGCCAAUGUCCUGACCAGCCUGGGCCUCAUAAAGAAGGUGCAUGUCCGCGAAGAGAGAGGAAGAAAGCCUGCCUUCAAGUGGCUUGGCCCAGUUGAAUUCAACAACUCUGGGAAUGCUGGAAAUACUGUGAAUGUGGCAGCUGACGCUCCUCUUGAGGCAACACAGCCAAUGGCGGGCCAGGACCUGAGAAAAGCCAAGAUGGCACGCCAUGCCUCCUUUAACGUCACACCAACGUCGGUGGCUGUCCAACGGCAGGUCAACUCUGCCCCCAGCAGCCCACGACGAGAACUAACAGGUCUGCCAAAUCAGCCUGUGGAUUAUUCCAGAAGGACUAGCAACAGCGCGGUGUGUCGGCUGCAGUUUGGAAACAGCUCUGAUAACCGUCCCAGUGCAGCACAACCGACUCACACCCACAGCAGCAGCCAGCAUGCUCCGUCCUCCACCCAAUCCACCCCGGUGGCACCUCCCCUCCACCCCGAGCACCUCUUCACCUCCUCCUCCUCCUCCUCCUCUCCCCACUGUCUGGCUUACCUGCCCAGCCUGUCUCAGCCGUCGGUGGUCAUGCUGUACAGGGCACCAGACAAGCCUGACCAGAUGCCUGAAGGUCAGGGGUCACCCAGGUCAGAGUCUGAGGAGGGGAGGAAGAGAAGGAGGGAAGAAAGGGAAGAGGAGGAGACGGUGGUGAAAAAGAAGGCAACAUCUGGGUUAGCAGAAUGUGAUAAGGUGAGAGCUGAACCUCACAGGGAAGCAGGGGAACUCUCCAACAGGACUUCUCCAAAUCACCCAGCAGGCCUCUCCAGAGCGUUUGAUGAAAGUCAAGGUGGCAACAGCAGCAGUGAGCCCGCCCAGCCGUCACACUACCUCUAUGUACCCAACAAUGCAGGUCUGAACAGCCUCAACUUCCUCCUCUCUGCUGGCCAGCCAUCAGCCAGUCUAGCACUUCCUCCCGGUGGUGUUCCCACCCUGGCACUGCCCUACGUCCUGGUGCCCUCUGCCGCCCUCUCCCACUACCCCCUGGUUGCCAACAGUCUACAACAGCAAGGCUCUGACACCCACACCAAACUCAGCUUCAGUCUGCCCACUGUGAUGUCACCUGCCCACUUUACGCUGGGGGCGACACCUUACAGCCUGGCAGCAGCUUCGGAGAUCAGCUGGUCGCCGGCUCCAUCGCCGUCCACUCCAGAACAAAGCGGGCAGUACGGGUCAGCGGUGGGCACUCCACAUUCACCCUCGGGACCACGACACACUGUCAGCAUCAACACACCAGAACCACUGACUCCACAUACUCCAAAGGACACGACAGCAUCUGCUUCUAAGGCUUUCUUCCAGACCCCAGGCACUCUGGGAAGUGUAGUCAGUGCUGUGCCUGCUGCCCGAAAAAGAGGCUCUGCGCAGAGGAGACUGGACGUUGGCCAUCCACCAACCAGUUAGAGAUCUGAGGAGAAUAUACAAUUUUAACAUUCAGGUGUUGGUCCUGAAGGUGAAAAAUGUGGUUUCAGGCCACUGGUGCUUUUUUUGGUUCAUUGAUUAAUUUCCUUCUGAAAUGCAACAAUAUCAAUUUUAGCAAAAGACUGUUUGCUGGGACUUGAAAUUAACUCAGCUAAAAGAUGAAGCAUUUUGGGAAAGCAGAGAUCUUAAAGAGUCUCACAUGUUGCUAUAGACUGUAAAUUUUUGCCAGUUGGCGAGUAUCUCAUUUUGCCAUGAAACUCUUCCGUUAUUGGUCAUUAUGUUAACAGUUCAAAUGUGCCUCAUGGUUCAGUUAUUGGGCACUAGAUUUCAGAGUGAAUAAAUGAAGCAGUAUUGCCAAUGUAACAGUGCCCUCCUGUGGUGGGAGUCAGCCACUGCUGUAUUUUGUAUUUCAGACAGAAUUUUCCCUCUCAGAUGUGAUCAAGCUACCUAAUUCCCCUUCACUUGUGUAUUAUAGCCCAAUUGCUAUUUAUAUUUUAGCUAAUAUAUGUUGAUUACAGGGACUGUAAUGAAACAUUAACUUUUUUAGCACUAAGUAUGUGAUGAAUGUAUGUCUAAUUCUGAAGUGAUUGUCUUUAGUUGGCCCCUUCAGCUUUUGUUACGGUAUCAAGGUACAAUAGGAAAGGUAUUAGCUGCUGAUCACCAGUUUACAUUAAUAGUAGCAGUCAGUCCACUCUUGGCUCAAUUCAGACAUUACGGUGAGGAGAAAAUCCCUAAUGCCUUAAAUGUUUACAACCAGCAAAGUAUCUCAAGGAACAGUUCUUGGACUUCUUGAUUCAUCAGGAAGACAAACAUUACUGGUGCUGUGUGUAUUUUCACUGAGAAUUUGCAACCAUAGUGCUUUAUGGUUAAACACCAAACCCUUUAGCUGUUAUUGGCAACUAAAGGACAAUGUGACAUGGGAAGAUGCUCUCAGAUACUUGAAUACUUGUGACUUUACUAGGAGUAGUUUCUGGAGAGAUAUCAGAGUACUGUAAAGAUUUUAAUCUUUAAUUUAUCCAGGGAAAGUAGACUGAUGCUGUCUUUUUUAGCAACUCCAUACCACAUUCAUACAGUCCACAUUAAGACUUCCAAUCUGCUGUUGGCUGGUGCAGUUGGGGGGUUGUGUUCCUUGCUUUAAGGCACCUUGCUGAGAGAAAAGAGAUAUUUUUAUCACUAGAUUUUCUCAGGUUGUGCAGGGAUUAGUACUGACAAUCUCCUGGUAGACUCACUAACUUGCUUCCAGACAACCCAGCCAAAAUAAAGGUGCUUUGUAUGGGAAUCAUUCAGGAGAGCUUAGCUAUGUCACGCCAAAGGGUGCACAGAUAAUCCACUCUGACUAGUGGAUGUGUAGUCAUUAAUGUACAGUUUAUUAUCUGUAAUUAUUUUUGUACUUCAUAUUCAUAGUGUCAUGUAAUAUUUUCAAAUGCAGAAUGUUAAAUGCUGCUUUAUGGUUUUAAUAAUGAUUGCACUGCUAGUUGUCGUAGUUGUGUGCUGAUCUAACUUUUACAAAACAUGGAGCUAUUCCUUCACUCUAGCUCUGCUCUCUGUAGUUAUGGGCCAAACUGGUUUUCUUCUGUACAGCCUUCACAAACUUUAAUUAAAAUGUACCACGCUGA